CACCUAUAUAGAUAUACAUAUAUACAUACAAUACAAUAUUCAUUGCCCACAACUCACUUUCUCAUCAUCAUUAUCAUCACACACACCGCUAUCUAUCUCCAAAUCCAAUCACUGAUACUAAUACCAUUGUUUUUAAGAUUUUAGAUCGUGAAGCAUAAACCAACAGUUCUUUAAGCAAAAAAUUGGUGAUUGGUGACUUAAAAAGAUUAUGGGCUGUUUUUCGUUCUUUUUUCGAAGGGGAGCUGACCCGCCACACGGGUUUCCUGAAUUUGAAGAUGAGUUAUCGGACGUGCAGAACCUUAAACUUUACACAUACAGGGAACUAAAAAUCGCUACUGAAGACUUUAGUCCAGCUAAUAAGAUAGGGGAGGGUGGAUUUGGUCCAGUUUAUAGGGGAAGACUAAAACAUGGGAAAGAUGCUGCUAUAAAGGUUCUUGCAGCUGAAUCAAAACAAGGAGCAAGAGAGUUCUUGACAGAAAUCAAAGUGAUUUCUGAUAUCGAGCACGAAAAUUUAGCGAAGCUCUGUGGAUGUUGUGUUGAAGGGGAUCACAGAAUUUUGGUAUAUGAUUAUAUCGAAAAUAACAGCUUGGCUCAAACUCUUCUCGGUGGAGGUCAUAGUUCUAUCCAAUUUAGUUGGAGAACAAGAACUAAGAUUUGCAUUGGAAUUGCACGCGGGCUCGCUUAUCUUCAUGAGGAAGUACGCCCACAUAUAGUUCAUCGGGAUAUUAAAGCAAGCAAUAUUCUUCUUGAUAAAGAUUUAACACCCAAAAUUUCUGAUUUUGGUCUAGCAAAAUUAAUGCCAGCAAAUACGACGCAUGUUAGCACACGUGUGGCUGGAACAAUUGGUUAUUUGGCACCAGAGUAUGCAAUUCGAGGCCAGUUGACACGUAGAGCUGAUGUUUAUAGCUUUGGUGUACUUCUCAUAGAAAUUGUUAGUGGAAGAUGCAACACAAACUCCUUAUUGCCUAUGGAUGAACAAUAUAUUCUCGAGAGGACAUGGGAUCUUUAUGAACGAAACGAGCUCGUGGAGCUUGUAGACACAGCAAUGUAUGGUGAUUUUGAUGCAGAAGAGGCUUGUAAAUACUUAAAAAUUGGUCUCUUAUGCACCCAAGACAAUCCAAAGCUUCGACCUGUGAUGUCAACUGUUGUCAAGAUGCUGUCAGGUGAGAAAGAACUCGACGAGGCCCAAAUCACAAAACCGGGUCUCAUUUCUGAUUUCAUGGACCUCAAGGUUAGAAGCAACCCCAAUAAAAGUGCCUGCACGAACACUGAUCCAAAAAAGAACACAUUUACUACAACAUCAUCGGGUUCUGACAAUGCAGAACAUUCGUUAUUAUCGUCCAACGCUACAUCGCAAUCGACCAUGACCUUUACAUUUACAGAUGCAUGGGAUCGGACUAGUUGAUAGUAGUUUGCUCAUUGGGGUCAAACGUUUUUCUUUUUCUUUCUUUCUUUUAUCCCGGAAACUUGAUAUUUGUAGAGGUAUAUAUGUUAUGUAAAUGUGUAAAUUUUUGGUUGUAUGCAAUUUUGGGAGAUGGGGUGUCUUGUAAAGGUUAUUAAUUUGUUAAUUUUUUUAAAAAUAAAUUGAAAGUUAGUGGGAAUGUUUAGAUUUAGUUUA